GAAAGUUUAGUGAGUCUAUGACUUGUAGCAACAAUGGAGAGAGAAAAAUUUGAAUUUUAUAAGCGAUGAUUUCUUAGUUCUGUUGUGAAAAUGCGCUUUAAAAGGUUUAAAUGUUGUGUAUUGACCUCACGUGUGAUUGUCGGAUGUGACAUCCAGUCUUAUACUUAAAUAAUGUGGGAACAUUUCGUGAUUUAUAGCAAUAGGCGGGAUCGUUUUUAUAUGUCUGGAGACGCCAUGACACGAAGAUGUAGUUGUAACAAACGUAUUAUUAAUGCUCUAUUUAUAUUGUUCUUCACAUCACUUGUAUGUAAUGUUGCUGAACUGCAGAAAAUUGAAAUUCUUGAUGUGCAGGCAAACUCUGUUUACACAAGCUGUGAUAAUAUUAGUCUCGCUUGCACAGUACGUCCGAAAAAGAGUAUUAUUUGGUGGACUUCAGGAGCGAGUAAUAUCACAGGAGAAGACAGAUAUUUGGAGGAUGGUGAUGUCUUGAAGCAUGUUUUACACGUGGGAUGUUCGUCAUUUGAAGAUACUGAAAAUUUUACAUGUCAUGCUGCUCCCUUCGAUGAUCAAGAUAAAGAAAUUGCUCAAACCAUCAGGCUUGACAGAAAUGUGCCAUUGGAAAUUGUUAGAAUUCAUGGAGAUCAUAAAAAUCUUACACAACCAGCAACACUUACCUGUGAGGUGAAAGGCUUCCCUAUUGUCGACAUAAAAUGGGAGAAACUUGGUGAUACCGCCUCACAAAAGCAUUCCUACACAGUUAAUAUUACGAAAGGAGAAAAUGGAACAUGGGUUAAAUCAGAAUUAAUAUUUUCUACAACGAGUCGUAAGGAUAAUGGCACAUACCUGUGCAUGGCUGUGGGACGGGAGAAUACAGUAAAUGCAUCUGCAGAUCUUUUUGUACAUGGUCAGCCGCAAGUGAAAAUAGAUCACGUGAAAGCCGUUGGUGCCCACAGUAUAUUUCUGAAUUGGACUGUUAAUGAUGGGAAUGAUGCAGUCAUACGUUUCGUUGUACAGAAGUCCAAAAAUGGUUCAAAGGAGUGGACGUACAAUACCGACCCAAUCUAUGGCAACCGCACAAGCUACAUUUGGAAAGAUCUGGAACCAAAUACUGCAUACAACCUAAAACUAAGCGCUGAGAAUCUUCAUGGAAUAAGCACCGCACAGUAUGCUGCUAUGGAAAAAACUUUGGCUAAAGACCCUGAAUUUAUACCGGAAAUAUCAGUGAAGGGAUUUACAAGAAAUUCAAUAACUGUUGGUUGGUCUUCGCCACCAGAUGAUGUGAAGGAUCAUGUGACUUAUUACACGUUAAAUGUUCGAAAUAACCAUAUUCAUAAAGAGGCCAUUCCUGAUGCACAGUCAAACAAUCUGUAUCUCUUCCUGGAUCUGGAACCAGCGACUACAUACCAUUUCAAAGUUGCUGCUUGUAACGAAUACACAAAGUGUGGAAACUGGUCCGAAGAAGUUAAUGGUACGACAAUGGAUGGAGAGUCGAGUCCCCCAGAAAAUGUGAGCCUUGUUUGUCGUUUCGAUAACAUCAGCCGAACAAGUUUUGUUUUUGUGUCAUGGUUGCCGCCUCUUCAGCCAAAUGGAAAAAUUGUUCAUUACAACGUUAUUCUUGAGGGUAUAGCAGUUUUUAAAAACGACCGCAAUGUCAUGCAAGAAGUGAAAUUCAACACUCAAAAAAAGUUUGUAAAUGAAAAACUAAACAGCACUAGGUUUGACAUGGUUCCAGCAAACACAAAUUACACAGUGAAAGUGUCGGGCGUGACGAGGAGCAAGAGUCGAGGGGCAGAGGCAGUGGUGCACUGCCAGAUGCCCCCGACUGUUCCCGACAGAGACCAGAUGAAUCAUUUCACAUGGACCAAGGUGGAAUAUUAUGGCAAGUGGUUGUUCAGACUGACUCUUCCUCGGGUUUCCGAGCGCAACGGCCCUAUUUGUUGUUACAGGAUAUUUGUGUUGAAACUGGAACCUCAGCAAAGCGUGGCGGAUCUACCACAUCCGGAAGAUAUUCCUAUUUCUUCUUACGAUGAAGUACAUUCCAAAAGAGGUGGUGCCUAUGUUGCAGAAAUGUUUGACAGUGACACGUUAAAUGUGGAAGUAUUUAUUGGUGACGGUCAGACUGCAAACGCCAGUAGUGCACCUUGUCGUCAUUGUGCUGGCGUGCUGAUUGGUUCGUUGCACACACCUUCUGUCACCCCACCGUUGAGCGGAACAGAAAUCACUUCAGUUGGCGACAGACCACCUCAGAACGACAGUCUGGCGUUGUUGGAGGCAAUGUUUUCGGACCUGCGGUCGAGUGCUUCUCCAGCAGAACUGAUGCGUGUGCGUCGGGCAGAACCAGCUUCCGCAGGCCACGUCUUGCUGCCGAUGCCCAGUUCGUCGGCCCAGACAGCCAACCAAGAACCAGAGCUGAAGCAGCAGAUAGUUUACGAUGGCCAGUUGGACACAACAAGCAACUACACUGGAUUUGUGGAAGUCAUUGUGGUCGGGGCGGAGAGCAGCCAGUUGUCGGCGUACAGCGGCUACUUCCGGACGCUGAGCGCCGGGCCGGAGGUGCUGCAGGCGGACGAGUCGCCCCAGGUGCUGGUGAUAGUGCUGCAAGUGCUGUGCGGCCUGGUGCUAGUGGUGCUACUGCUGCUACUGUCGCUGUGCACCCUGCAGCACUACACCAAGCAGGUGGCGGAGGCCCAGGGCGUGGAGAUGACCUUCACCAGCUCCUUCAGACAUUUAUGCAGAAGCUUGCGAGGAAGACAAGUGUUGGUCUCGUCCAGCCCGCCAGAUAUGUCUCCCGUGUCCAAAAGUCAGCUGGUGGCCGCGUACGUCGAACGGCAUCGCGAUUCCGACUACGGUUUCCAGCAAGAAUUUGAGAUGCUGCCUGAAAGAUUCCCUGAUCGCACAACACGUCAUUCAGAAUUGCGUGAGAAUCUCUACAAGAAUCGAUACCCCGACAUCAAGACAUAUGAUCAGACUCGUGUAAAGCUGUCACAAAUAGACAGUGUAAUGGGCUCAGAUUAUAUCAAUGCAAAUUUUGUGAUUGGAUACAGAGAAAGGAAAAAAUUUAUAUGUGCCCAAGGUCCAAUGGACAACACAGUUUGUGAUUUUUGGCGUAUGAUCUGGGAGCAGCAUUUGGAAAUGAUACUAAUGUUGACGAAUUUGGAAGAAUACAGUAAAACCAAAUGCUCCAAGUAUUGGCCAGAUGAUUCAGAAGGAGAAAAAAUAUUUGGAGAUUUCACAGUAACUCAUGUACAAGAAAAGAGGUAUUCAGAUUACAUCAUACGGGAGCUGAAACUUUGUCGUCUCUCGUACAGCGGGAAAGAACAAGAGAGUCGUAGCAUAGUGCAGUUCCAUUACCUUGUGUGGAAGGAUUUUAUGGCUCCAGAACAUCCUUCUGGAAUACUCAAGUUCAUAAAGAGGAUAAAUGAAGCAUAUUCACUGGAGAAGGGUCCUAUUCUUGUACAUUGCAGUGCUGGUGUGGGGCGAACAGGAACAUUGGUGGCUCUUGACUCACUCUUACAGCAGCUCAAGGAAGAAGAACAAGUUUCCAUUUUCAAUACUGUUUGUGACCUCAGGCAUCAACGUAACUUUCUUGUUCAGUCUCUAAAACAGUACAUUUUUAUAUAUAGAGCUUUAAUGGAGGUAGCACAGUUUGGUGACACUGAAAUAGAAGUUUCUGGGCUGAAAAUUCACAUAGAAAAGCUAAAGAAAUGGCAGAAUGGUAAAGAAAAAUGUUUAAUGGAAGAAGAGUUUGAGAAACUCAACCUGGUGCUCGAAGACCACAAGUCUUAUUCAGUUGGUGAUGGAGAGGAAAACAGGUCGAAGAACCGUAGUGAUCUAGUGAUACCAUACGACAGGAAUCGUGUAAUGCUUACACCAGUACCUGGCAGGGAACAUUCAACAUACAUAAAUGCUUCUUUCAUUGAAGGCUAUGACAAUUGGGAAUCGUUUAUCAUCACUCAAGAUCCACUAGAAUCAACAAUUGGUGACUUUUGGCGAAUGAUGUUUGAACAAAAUGUUAAUACGUUGGUUAUGCUUUCAGAUCUAGGUGACGGCCAAAAAAAAUGUCCAAGAUAUUGGCCAGAUGAUGAAGCUAGUUACGAUCAUAUUCGUGUCAAGUAUAUCCAGAGUGAAAGUUGUCCUUACUACACUCGACGAGAAUUCUGCAUAACCAAUACAAAGAUUGAUGAGAACUUAGCAGUCACACAGUUCCAGUACAAUGGCUGGCCAACGGUGGAAGGCGAGGUGCCUGAAGUUACCAGGGGACUCAUUGAACUGGUGGAUCAAACACAGAGCCAUCAGGAUACCUUUGUGGGAGCAGCGCCUAUUGUUGUUCAUUGCAAUUGUGGUGCAGAUAGGAGCUCUAUAUUUGUGGCACUAAGUACUUUGGUGCAACAGCUCCGUACGGAAAAACGAAUAGACAUUUUUACGACGACAAGAAAUCUUCGUUCGCAACGGAAUGGAAUGCUGCAAACAUUUGCCCAGUAUGAAUUCUUGCAUCGUGCAGUAGUGAAUUAUGCCGAUCUUCAUCAUUUAGCAAGUGAUGAAGCCUAAGAAUCCUCAGCGCUGUGUACGUGUGUAAAAAAAAUGUACCUGAAGUUUGGUACAUUCAACAUUGUAUUUUUGCAACAUUUUGCAGGAACAACAUUGAUUGCAAUUUUAUAAAAUGGCUUUUAUAAAAUUUUUAUUUCUUCUUUUGAAUGUUAUUUGAAUUUUUACCAAUUUUUAUUAUUUUCUUUUCUGUAACUCAGCCAGUGACUUUUGUGGAUGUUGUGAUAUCAGAAAAGUCAGCAUUUAAAAGACAAGCAGUUUUUUAUUUCAUGAUAAUAACUUAGAAUUCCUGUAAUAUUUCUUGAACCUUUUACAUCAAAGCAGAAGUAAACUUUCAGAAGUUUAGAUUUUUUGCUUCAGUGAGUGUGUACAGAUAUUUUCAGAAUAAUACCUAAAUGUCUACAGUAAUAGUAACUUUGGUGAACUGACCUUUAAAAAGAAGUUAAUAACGUUGACUUGCUGCAGUGAAGUUAUAUGUUCUCUCAUAUUUAUUUUGUGGAAUGUGAAUGAAGGUUUUGAGAACCGUACAUUGCACAUGAGUUAUAGCUACAAAUGUGAUUACUACUUUGCACUCUAUAUUGUGCGCUCUUGUUAUUGGUUUUCUUUUAUUUAUUAUAUAAGUAACACUAUGCAAAUGGCAAAAAAAAAUUUUUUUGCCUGUUAUUGACAGUCAGUAGUUAAAACUUUUAUACUUCAAUUUAUCAUUGCAUGAGUUCUAGAUUUAAAUGUUAAUUUUCAAGCAGUAAUGUAUAUGUUUCUUAUUGUUACUGAUUACUCUUUUUGAUGGUUUUUAGUUAAUACUAAGUGAAUGGCAAAAUAUAUUUUAUGCCUGUGUCCUGACAGUAAUUAUUUAAAACUAUCAACUCUUAAGCUUUUGUUUCAUCAGUGAGACUUUUUUUUUAUAUUCCAAGUGUGCUAUGUUAAAUAUGUAUGUUUAUUUUUUUCUCAUGAAUAUAGGUUGAGUCAGUAUGCAGUACUUGAGUUUUGUGAGGUGAUUCUUCAUGAAAAGUUAAGCUAAAAAUGAGUUUAUGGUGUUUAAAUUAGAUUUCAAGGGGGUACUUGCACCUAAAAAUAUAAUUUACGACUUGUUGCGCCCGUCUGCCUAUCACUGUGCAGUCGGGCCUAGGUGGGUUCGAGUGCCGAGCGGUACACUCACUGAUAGCCAAAAUUAAGGGAUAGGUACCCCAAGAAGGAACUCCAUGAAUCUGUGGGAGAUCUCUUUUACUCCUGCUCCCAACUCUACACUUCAUUUACCAUUUACGUACAAGUCACCAUAAUCACAUUCUAGACAUCCGCUCCCUCCAAGAGCCUAGCCUCCUCUGCUGCUGUUCCCAGCGUCUCUCGCAUCAGUCCACCGCCAGCAACAACGCCCUAAGGCGUCCGGCCACGAGGCACUCCGGCUUCAAGGAGUCAGCAGCGACGCACGAUCAUCCUCGGUUUGUACAGCAUACAGAGUCCCAAAAACAGUUCUGUGUACAUGCCCGCUGACAUCUUCAGAUUACAAACAUUCGCUACGCAUCAGCCGGCUAAGUGCACAUGUACCCUUUCCACUGAAUCAUAAGAACUACGUACUAUCUUUAUAAAUGUCUUAAAACGUAUGCUUAAAUGAACUAAAUACAAUAUAAAGAAUACAAAGAAAUAAUCUUGUCGAUAUGUCUAUCCUCCCGGCAUCCUGGACACAACAAACUAUAUUUAUUUAGAAAAUAUCAUCAACUUUUGAGAUAAAGAACAGGUUGGUUUUAAAAAAAUACGUUCUUAGUUGCUUGGUUUGUAGUUUGGAAAAACUGUAUUAAUCCAUUUUUUUUGUAAGGAAUGCAGGAAAAAGGCAAAAAAAAAUUAUCUUAUCAGAAAUCCCUCAUAUAAACCAUUGCAAGAUAACUGCAUGUUUAAAUAAAAAAAGUGUGUUGCUCUUGAUUGUGCUGCACAGCAAAUUUUGCUGCAAACCUAUCAGGCCUUAAGGGGCCCGCCUCGUCAGGCGUGUAUGUGUGUUAGUGAGGCGGGAUGAUAAGCGCGACGCUCGCUGGUGCUUCUAGCGUGGUGUCGCCUCUAAGUGCAAGGCUCUGAAUUGACGCGCAGUCUUCUCGUCGUCACAGGAUAACUGUGAAAUUUGAGCGGUGACCGUAACAUUAUAUGGCCCAAAAAUGAAGAUAAAGGUGUAAUGCAAGUCCCUUAAGUGUUUUUAGGAAUCUGUGCUGGUUUUUUUACGCCUUAAAAUUACUCUGAAAAUAUGCGUUUUAGCCAUUUUAACUUUUCUAAAAAUACCGUUUAAAAACUUCAUCUGAAAUCGAAAGUACUUUUCGGCCCUCAGCGAACUCUUGAAUGCUUUUCGUAAACAGACCACACUCGGAUAUCUUGAGUAGUUUUGAAAUGGCGUUGUUUUUCCUGAAGCUCUGCGCACCGCGUGUGUGCCCAGGUAGGCGGGGCCCCUUAAUAUAAAUUGAGUUUCUAAAUUCAGCAGUAACUUAUGUAGGAAGAUACAUAUACGUUAAUACUUUAUAGUGAAAAAUGAUUGCAUUGCAGUUUUUUUUAUAACUGAUCAAUAAAGGGUUUGAAAUCAGAAUUCGCAUUAGUGAAAUUUCCAACUGAAGUCUUACAGAUUUUUUGAAACAUUAUUUAUAUAGUUAUUGGAUAAACAGAAAUAUUUUAUUUUUACGUGUUCACGGUUCACUUAUUAGUAAAUCUGUAAGUAAAUUUUAUUUCUUUAUUUCUUGUAAGGAAUACCCUUACACAAUUAAUGUACUUCAGCCUGACUCACUGUGUAUUUUUUUCACAAUUUAGCAAGAUAGUUGUCAAAGACCUCCUGAAUUGAAAUUGUUUUCCCCCACAAUGACAAUUUUUCUAGGGUCAAACCUGCAACAUUAUUGCAAGGCCCUUUGUCUUGGUGAGCUAUCAGUUCUGCCACUGCAGGUGGUUCUCAUGUUAACCUGUUGUUAGAGGUAAGAUUGUUUGGUGACUCAAAAUAACUCAAAUAACACAGAAUUUCAGGUAAUCUAUAUGAUUUAUUUAAUUUUAUUCAUGAGAUAGAGUAAACUUUUAUUUGCAAAAUUAGAUAAUUAUGUGCUUGUUAAAAUGCAUCCAUCUCAUUACUUGUUCCUAAUGUACUGAAAUAAUCAAUGGGGGAAAAAUAUUUAAGUGAUAGAAUAUGGUCAACAGUUGAAUGAUUUAAAAGUCACUGUCACAUUCUUUACAUAAGUGGCUCUAAUGAUGUCUAGGAAAACUGCAGAAGGAAGAUGCAGGAUAAGAAGUUGGACUUUCAACAUAGAAUGUGGAUUCUGUUGAUUUGUGCUUGUAUUAUUACAAUGUAAGGAUGGAUGGUAGAAUUUUUUUAUGAUAUUCUAUAAGCUCCAGAAAGCCAACUAGAAGUACUACAAAAUAAAAUACAAUUUAUUUUAUUUUUUAUAUGAUUAUUUUCUUGUACUUUGUUUAAAUAUAAUUCUUAUCUGUGAUCAUUUUUAAGAGCAUUAAGCACUAACCAGUGACCAUUAAAAGGUGUUUUAACACUUAAGUCAUAAAAAUAAAACAAUUAAAUCUUGCCUCUAUCAAUAGUAGUCAAUGUGUAGAUUUUAUGCAGAAUCUAAUACAUUAAAAUAUUCAAAACUAAUUUUCAUACUUGUGUAUGUAUUCAUGUGUUUAUGUAUUGAAGUGUUAAUAUUUUUUUUAAAGAUCUGCGACCAAGUGCUUUCGUGGUAACAUGUAAGGAUUCCAUGCUUUUGUGAUAAAAAAAAUUUUGUAUGACAAUUCAAUGAGAAAAUGCACAUAUGUAACUAGUGCACCAACCUUUAUUAUUAAUUUGACCUCUUAACAGACAAUUAGUCACUUCAAGGUCUUAUCAGUGAUAUAAAUUCUGUAUUUACCAGACAAUAAUGUGACUGAAUGUAAUACGACCCCAAAUUUUUUUAUUAUGAUUUUAUGAUAAAGACUAUGGAUUGGAAAUCACGAUUCAAAUACAUAGGACUUGAAAUUGUUAAAAUUAUUAAAUUUAUUUCAUAAUUACCAGACACUUGCAGUUAGAAAAACAAGUGUGUUUUAUGACUGCAGUUCAAAAGCAGUGGCUGUUGAGAAAGCAAAGAAUUUGGUGAUAUAGGGUGGUCUGGUCUGGUUUGGUGCUGGGGAUGCCUCCCCCAGCAGCCUCGGUGAAGAGAAGCAGAAACAAACUCCAUUUGCACCUCUCACCCAUCACGCCUGAGUAGAGGUUUGGGAAGCCCCGGAACUAAAGUGGCAUAAGUGAUGCAGUCUACAGACAGAGCUUGUAUCUUUUCAGAUAACUGGAGGUUAAGGAGGCGGUUAUUAACAGCGGUCUAAAGUAGCAUAAAUGACACAUUUAAGAGGCAUAGCCUGUAGUUUUUCAACUAAGCUGUUCCCAAUGGCAAGAUUCAAGUUUGCGAUAUAAUGCGACCCCCACUUUUAGUUUCCACAGUUUUGAUCAAAAUCGUAGCAUUAUAUUCAGGUAAAUACAGUAUUUGUUUAUAUAUUCAGAAAGCUAUUUUAUUAUGUGAUUAUUUUAGCAAAGUCAGUAUGAACUUCAGCUGUCAUUCUAACUUAACAUGCUAAUUAUUAAUAACUAUUUUAGUUUUACUUUUAAAUGUAUUUUUACAGUAAAAAUGUUUUAAGUUAGUUUUCGAAGCAUUGAUGAACAAGUUCUGUGUAUAUUAAAAGCAGGGCUAUGACUGAAUAAAUUAUUGUUUAUUAAAUGUAAAUGAAACUUUUUGAGUAUACAUUAACAUUUACCAAUAUUUUCAGCCAGAACAGUUUUUAGUGUACAAGGUAAAAUAAACUGUUUACUAAUUUAAUAAUCUUAUUUAAUACAUUCAUCUGUGAAUAGUAUUAUGGAUUGGUGUCAUGAAAUGGUGCACCAUACAAUUUUGUGUCAUUAUUCAAAACAUUUUAUUAAUGUGCUUUCAGGACCUAGGAGGAUUUUUCUUUGGUCACUGAGAGAAUAUUUUUUGUAUUCACAAUUUGGAAAAAAAAAUUGUUCUGGUGAAUUUGUGUGCUGUCCUCCUUUGUUUUUUUGCAUAGACGUAGGCAAGGCUCAGCAGCCAUUCUGGUGGCUUGUCUUUUACUACAUAUUUCAUGUCAGUGGAUGCAAUGCACUGCAUAAUUAAUUUCAUCCAUUAUUCAUUUUGAAGAUUUAUCGUCAUGUACGGAAAGUCAUGUCACUUGCAUGUAAGGAAUCGUGGAGAAGAAGCAUUAGCUCUUACACUAGUCGUAGACCCACAUUAAUACGCUCUGCGCAUUCUGAAAAUGCUGGUACAGCAUAAAACCAAUCCGCACUGACUAAAUUGCAUCACCUGAAUAACACAUUAAGCACAUUCUGGAAAUGCCGGUGCAACGUUGAACCAAUCCACGCUGACUAACACAUCAGUAACCUCCUCUAGCACAUUGAAACUUAAGACAAGAUCGCAUUAGACCCACCAUAUUGAGGUGAACUGCAUGAGGUCAGUUCCUAUCUUUUCCCUCUGACUAACAUUGCUAUCCAGGAGCUGAAAAAUCAUGGCACUCAUGUUGAACUUUGUCUCGGUUACUUGUCACCUGCCCGAAGGCACAACCUAAAGUUUUAUGUGGGUUAAUCUUGGAUGAACAGGCCAGGCAUGGUUAACAUAAUUAAUGUGGUAUAUUAUAUUAUCUCCCUCUAUCAUUAUUUGUGUAACCGAUGUGCAGCAUAUAAAUUAAUUUUGCUUUUUUUUCUUUCUUUUUUUUUUAAAAAAAAUAAGUGAGAUCAAAUCCCAUAUGUCUGAGUAGUUGUGUUUACAUUCUAAAAACUACCAUAUAGCCAAAACCUCCAUGUAUGAUAUAUGAUCUUUGAGCUUUGUCAUAGUGCUUUUCUGAAAUGCUCAGUGUGACCUUUUCAUUAAACUUUUAAAAUGUUUGUGGAGACCCACAAUGUCAAUGCCUUUAUUUAUCUAUCUACAAGUAUAGACAAAUGAGCUAGUAGUGGUUUUUCUCAUUGGGUUCAAACAGGUACAAACAGAUUUCAGCCAUUGUUAUUUUGUUUUGUCAUACCUUUUUUUAAACUAAAGAAUGUGUUUAGAAAACUGCUGUAAAACUAAAAAUUUACUUCACUGAGUUGAUUAUUGCCUACUUAGUUUGGUAGGUAGUAUUUAUUUUGACUGCAGCAUUUUUAUUUUACAUGAUGAUAAGAAUUUUAACUUUUGUUUGGACUCUGCAUGAAUGACAAUGGUAUAUUUAAUAUUGUAACAAGUUCCAAUUUCUACAGCUACAUUUUAUGUUAAUAAGCGUGGCCUGAGCAUUAAAGCCUGCUCCAAGUAACAUUUGUAAAAUCAGAACCAUAAAUGCAGUUACCUGAAGACAUAGACAUCAGAAGAGUGGAUACAUUUUAUGUAAUAUCCUGUAUUGUGCCAAAUUACACUAGUUAAAUGAUA